UGGCCCCACGCUCCUUGCACUUGGUUCUGCAGCUCAUCUGCUGUCUAAGAAGCGGGACUGAAGAGCGACACGACAGCUCGGAUCUCCGUGCGUAAAAAAAGACCGUGGCAGCCAUUCAUUUGUUCCAGCGAUGGUGAUUUACGCGUGAAUUGUUGUCGGGACACUUUUUUUUUUCAUCGUCCACCAGAGCGCCUUUCAGAGGAACAGUAGUCCGUUCAUGAUCCACCCCACUGAUCUUUUGCAGACUGUAAUCUUAUCAGGGUCAAACCCAAGCUCGGGCGCGUCCCGUGGUGCCUCUGGAUGGCGUUUAUGAUCAAAAUUUAGUUACAUAAAAAUAUUUUCUUCAAGGAAUAGUUAACCAGAAAGUCAUUUGAUUUGAGCUGUGCGUAAAAAUGGAGAUUUGACUGUUUUGAACUUUCGACCAGCUGAAGAAAUGGAUCCUAAAAGUAAAGAGAGAGGUCUCUUCUGCUUUCUUUUCUUUGCAAUUUGCACAAUCAGCGUUUGCUUUGGAGCAAGACGAUUAAAUAACAGGAGAUCUGAUCGUCUGAGUCCUCCGUUAGACAUCCAGCUGGAGACCCUCAACUGUACGGCAUUCAGUGUGCGAUGGAAGAUGCCCCGAAGACACGUGAGCACAAUCACUGGAUACAAGGUUUUUUACACAGAAAUAAAGAAUAGUCGUCCAGUCGGUACAUCAUCCUUCAUGGAGGUGCCCCUCAGUUUGGACAUGUUAACUACUGGACAAUUUAACGGGCAAGCUGGCUUUGACGUGACCAUUGGUAACCUAAAGAUGAACGCUAAGUACAGAGUCAGUGUUGGAGCAUAUGGAUGGGCAGGGGAGGGCAGACCCAGCAUGCCCAGAGACGUCAUUACUGCUUCCCACGAAAUGUGCAUGCCCCCAUCACCCCCAACUCAGCCUGCUGUCAUGGCGGUAUCGGACACAGAGCUGGCGUUGUCGUGGCAACAUGGAGAGAGUGAAGGAAGCGCACCGGUUCUUCACUUCCUGGUGGCUUACAUCAGGCCAGAAAUGGACACGGAGUGGACAUAUAUUCGUGAGCCUAUUGAGACGAACUCCAUGGUUUUGAAAGGGCUGCUCCCAGACACAGAGUACCAGUUUGUUGUCCGAGCUGUCAACAUGCACGGAGUAAGCCCACCCAGCCACAUCAACAACCCUGUCCGAACACUUGGCACAUCAGAUGUUGGCAGCGGGGAUUUUAACCUUUACGUCACAAACUCCAGAAUUGAAGAUGAAGAUGGAUUUGACUUUGAUGACUCAGAUUACGAUGUUUUUAUUGAAGAGCUGAAGCCAUUUCCAGGUAUCAGCGACGCUGACAAGAAGUCCCAGCUCCGUUCACACCCUGGACCGCCAUCUGGUCGAAACGUCGUUUACCGCAUGAACACAGAAAACCGUCCAAAUGUCACUGAUCAACCAUUUUCUACAACCAUCUCCGCAAUCCUCCUGGACUCCACAGAUCUGGUUUUGUCAGUCACCUCUGAGCUGAGUAGUACUGACACCAUGACUACUGCUCCCCUCACCACCAGCAGCGUUCCUCUGUCCUUCACCACCGGCAGCCCAUCCAUCUCCGCCUGGCAGGGCGAGGUCCCUCGUGUUUACGACCAGAGCUGUGACGAUACCGUGUGUCCUCCUGAGAGUUUCUGUCUCUCUGAUUCUGAGAGCGGAGGCUCGCGCUGCCACUGUAACCUCGGCCGCAGAGGCGACACCUGCUCUGAGGUGAUAACAAUAAACUUUCCCAGGUUCUCUGGCUACUCUCACAUGACCUUUGAACCCUUGAAAAAUGCUUAUCAGACCUUUCAAAUUACAUUAGAAUUUAAGGGCCAGUACACUAAGAUUACUUUCCGCUCCCCGUUAUACGUGGGUGGAUCUCCAAGUGCUUACUGGCUGUUCAAGGCAACAGGAACUAAUAGUGGCUUUGUGGGCUGCAUACAGAGUCUGACCAUCAACAACAAAGUGACAGACAUCAGGCCGUGGCCUCUCGGCAAAGCUCUGAGUGGGGCUGAUAUAGGUGAAUGCAGCGACAGAGUGUGCGACAUGGUCAGCUGUGCCAACGGUGGCGUCUGCUUUGCAAACCGUGCCGAUGGCUACAUUUGUCUGUGCCCGCUGGGCUUCAGGGGAGCCCUUUGUGAAGAGAGCUUCUUGCUGUCCUCACCGCUCUUCAACGAAACAGUGUUUUCAUAUGCCGUCAUCCCGUGGCCUCAGUCCUCUCAGAGUUACCUUUCCUUCAUGGAGUUUGAGGUGACGUUCUGGCCGUCCAUGCCCAAUGGGGUGCUCCUGUACAGUGACGAUGMGGACAGCAGAGACUUCUUGGCUAUAAAGCUGGUGGACAGAUACGUGGAGUUUAGGUUUGACUGCGGCUCUGGAGAAGCUGUCAUCAGGAGUGAGGAGCAGAUAAGUCUGGACUCAUGGCAUGAGCUCAGAGUGUCUCGCACAGCGAAGAGCGGGAUUCUGCAAGUGGACAACCAGAAACCAAUGGAGGGAAUUUCUGAGGGCGCUUUCACUCAGAUCAACUGCAGUUCACCUCUUUAUGUCGGCGGAGUGCCUGUUUAUGAGAAAACCAAGAGAACGGCAGGUGUAACAAAGCCCUUCACUGGAGUCAUUCAGAAGCUGGUUCUCAAUGACCGCAACAUCCCGAUCACGACUGACUCUGCUGGUGGAGUUAACGUUCAAAAUUCAGCUCACCCAUGUGUGGAAAGCCCCUGCGCCAAUGGAGGGACGUGCCGGCCGAAGUGGGAUGGCUAUGAGUGCGACUGCCCUCUGGGGUACGAUGGAAGACACUGCCAGAAAGAGUGUGGAAAUUACUGUUUGAACACUGUGACUGAAGCCAUAGAAAUCCCACAGUUUAUCGGCAGGAGUUACUUGACCUACGACAACAGAGAUAUCCUUAAAAGAGUUUCUGGUUCCAGGACUAACCUGUUCAUGCGUUUUAAAAGCACAGCUAAUGAUGGCUUGUUACUGUGGAGAGGAGACAGUCCAAUGAGACCCAACAGUGACUUCCUGUCUUUGGGGCUCCAGGAUGGAGCUCUCAUUUUCAGUUAUAACUUGGGCAGUGGUGUGGUUAACGUCGUUGUCAACGGGACUUUCAGUGACGGGAAAUGGCACAAAGUCAAGGCUGUCAGAGAUGGUCAGUCCGGGAAGCUGACAGUUGAUGAUUAUGGAGCAAAGACAGGCAGGUCACCUGGCAUGAUGAGACAACUCAACAUCAAUGGUCCUCUAUAUGUUGGUGGCAUGAAAGAGAUCGCUCUUCACACGAACAGGCAGUACAUCGGAGGCUUGGUGGGCUGCGUGUCCCAUUUCACUCUUUCUACUGACUACCACUUAGCUCUGGUUGAGGAUGCGGCUGACGGAAAAAACAUCAACACCUGCUCCAACUAGAGAAUGUUUUCUUACAGACGAUGACCAUUUCCCCCCGGGUGGACCAAAUCAGAUUUUAUUUAUCGACACCAAAUGCGCAAAAAGCAUUUUUGUUUUCUUUUGCUAAAUGUACUAAACCAGACCGGAUGUGUCUGAAACUCAAACUGGAAAAAAGAACAGUACAGUCAGUUUGAGUCACUGGAAUUUUUUUCUAUGAUUUUUCAACAUGAAGCUUUAAAUCUCAAAGAUGAUGUAAGUGUUGGUGAUUUUUUGUCUGGAUUGAUAAUUUUGAUCCUGCGGAAAACAAAACGACACCAUCACCACAACACGAGUGUUUCCUGAGAGGAGAGAGAAAGAUUAUCUUCAUUGGUAAUGAAUUUCUUUGAAAACAAACAUGUAUAAAAAAUAAAAAGAAAGAAGAAAAAAAAUCACUUUUCCCCCCAUGGGAUGAGUCCUACUGUAUCUGCUUUUUUGUACUGUAAAUCCUUCUAUGACUGCUGAAAGAACCACGAAGAGAUCAAAGACACCGUGAACCUGACCCAGAGCAGCUAGCAGAGAUAAACUUCUUUUUAAGGGAUUUUAGAUUUAGUCCUAGAGGGUUUUCUUGUCUUUGUUGUGACACUGGUGUUCUUGUUUGAGAUGUUUUAUUAUUCUGUUUUUGCAAGAUGUUUGGUUUUGCUGAGAAAAAAUGUCAACGGCACAAAAUGCUUUUUUUUUACUAUCUUCUAGGUUAUGUGAUCUUUUGUUUGGAGCUAUCAGAUGUUAGUCACAUGAAAAGUUGAUUUUGAUACGGUAAAUGAAACUGAAAAGUUUGAGAAAAUGACCAUGAGAUCUGGUCAUCUGACACAAACCACAGUACUGUGCACUACAGCCUUGAAUUUCAUUAGAUUUUUAUCUUAUAUUAUCAAACUAGGAAAAGAUAACUUACGGAAAAAUGUUUGAAAUGUGUUUUAUUUUGUAAUAUUUAGGGCGGGUACAUCUGUUAAUUUAAACACRUGUUUUAAUAAGUAACGAUUCCUGGUAGAGGUAGACAUGUUGUGGUUUUGUUCUAAGAAAGAUAUUUUAUUUUUAGUUUUUAGUUUGCCAUCAUGGUUCUACGCUGAUACAAACAAACCCUACGUUUCUUCGUUCAACUGCAAAAAAGGAAGAUGGGAUGGAAAGUUUUAUUUUAUUUUAUUUUUGGUUGCAGUCUGUAACUUCACCACUAGGUGUCACUGCAUCUCACAACAUGAACCCUAAAACUUGAGCGCUCAAAAAGGAAAUACAAACUAAACAAACUAAAAGACAGAGUAGCUAAAACAAAAUACACAAUGUGAUGGUGAAAUAUGAAUGUAUAACAAUUAAACUAGAUGGAUUACUGUACACUGUGUAAAAAAGUAGUAGUUCUGAUGAAAUUUGCAAUGUUAUAAGUGACCUUAGACUAUAGGAAGUUGUUGAUGUAUGUGUGUAAUGUUUCUAAAAGUCGUUAAAAAUUUUUUUGUCUGACCAGGCUUGGUUAUUUUUCAAAUUGAAGGUGUGAACAGGAAUGGUUCAUACUGACUAACUGUGCAAAUAUACAAACACAUAGUCUUGCCUUAAUACCUCCCUAAAUAACCAGCUCAGAAUAAAAAGAAACUAUUCUCAAAUAACCAAAUAAACAUAAUUUUAAAGUUUUUUAGGGUAUUUCAGAAAGUACAUUGAACUGAACUGAACUGCAGCUUUUUUCCAAAUUACUAAAAGACACAGAACUACAUAAUUAUUUUUAAAAGAAAGACAAUUGCCUAUCCAAAAAGUCUGCUGAUUGAUUAAUUAUAUAAACUAACAUGUUUUUGUUACACCACAGUUAUCCGUUGAGAUUUUCUAAUUCGUCUUCUAUUGUUUAAAUAAAAUGUGUUGUUUUGAAAUAU